GCCAGACAGAAUCGUCAUUUCAAUCAGAGCAUUCAAAGAAAACGGUUCUAGUCAUCACAUUUUGGAAUCAAAUCAUCAAGAUGAUUAUCAAAGUUGCCAAGUUCCUAAGCAUUGUAGCCGUACUCCUUUCAGCAGUUGAAGGAGCUAGAUAUCUGGCAGAGAAACCCGACUUUCUAGUCCCCUGCAUCGUGGGGGAUCCCAACUUCAAUGUCUGUCUGACCAAAAAUUUCCAGAGUUUCUUCCGUCAGUGGAAGGACGGAAUUCCCGGCUACAAUGCCGUGGGAUCCUUUGAUCCUCUUUACAUCAAGAGGGUGAAAUUUACGCAGGAUGCCAGUAGGUCUAUAGCUAUCAAUGCCGAUCUGAAGGAAGUCUAUGUAGCAGGUGCUGGUCAAGCAUUAGUCAUGGAAUCCAGCUGGGAUCCCAAUCACUAUGUGGCCAAGACAUUGAUCUCCGUGCCCAAGCUGCGUUUCAAUUUCGAUUACAAAGUCAAAGGACACGUGGUAGCGCUGAAUCUCAAUGGUCAUGGCAAAGGGUACUUCGAAGCUGAAAAUGCUCUGAUAUUGUUGGAAUUGGCUGUCAAACCGCUGGCCACCUCAGAUGGUUAUUUCGCUGAUGUGCAAAGUGUAAAGGUAAAUUUCCGCGAGAUCAAGCAAUUCCGCAUCAAGCUGGAAAAUCUCUUUGGCGGCAACAAGGAUCUGGAGGACACUGCGCACACUUUGUUCAACGAGAACUGGCGCGAUUUCUAUGAAGUACUGCGUCCCGCGGUGGAGCAAACAGUUGGCGGAGUGCUCCUGGAUCGGUUCAAGAAGACCUUUGUCUAUGUACCAGCUACCUAUUUGAUUAAAGACUUUCACUAAAUGCUAAACUAGCAUAUAAUCGGGUA